AUGGGCUAUAAACGUGCGACGGUUUAUAAAGUCUUAGACGAAAAUGCGAUAUUUCCAUUUUUUAACAUAGCGGUAUGGUCAAGUCUUGAUUCUUGGAAACAAGCCAUAGCAACAGAUGAAAGCAAGCAAGCUCAUGCUCAUCAAGGUUAUGUUGGUCGAACACCAUUUAUUGGCAAACAAAUAGAUUUAACCUCGAUCUAA